AUGAAGGACCCUGUCAAUGAUCCUCUGGCCGUCACUUUAUUCAUUGAUUUUUUGGCCAUACGAGCUGGAAAUUAUGAGUACUUGAGUGAUUUGUUCGAGAACUAUGGAGUGAGUGAAAACAGACAAGAUUAAUCCCAAUUUUUUAGAAAUUAAAAAAUUGGGAUAUGUUGCCGAAUUUCUUAUACAAUGUUUCGUUUGCAUAUCACAAAUUGUUUGAAAAAACGGGUGACGAGAAAUGGAAGAGGAAGGAGAAGGAACUUGUGAAAACAGCGUUAAUUAGAUUCCCCAGCUUUGUUGGUGCUCUGGUAGAUCGACUGGGCCUAGAGCCGAGCGACGAGGUCAAGAAGUCUGGCCACUUUGAUACAAAACUAAGGUAAUUCGUCACUGCUUUUAUAAUAUUUAGAUUUCUCUUCAGGUGCCCUAAAGGGAUAAGAAUCCUGGUGAAUAUAGUUUUGAAACAUUCCUUCGACUUUUGGAGCCAAGGCUAUCAACUUAAAUGGCUGCAAGAAAACGCGACCGAGUUUUCGAAACACUUGAAAGAGUACAGAAAAGAGGUCACGGAAUGGGAUGCGCAGUAAGUUUGCUUUCGGAAACUUCACUUCACGUUUAAUGUGGACGAAAGCACACUAUCGAUUGUCAAAGAUAUUUUACAAGGAAAAUACUUUUGUGGGAUCUCCUACUUUUGAACGGCACAUAUCUUAAAAAAUACGAAUAUGUAAAAAUUAGCUGCCCAAUUUUGGGUUUUAGGGGAACCACUGUUAAGGUGUACUCUUACUCAAAUGUUUUGAGGUUAAUUAGUAAUUUAAAAAAAAAUUCUUUGAGUAAUGGAUAUAGGGGUUUUCGGUGGCGUUGAUCUUGAAAAUUGUAUCCGUUUCUUCUGAAUUUUUGCCUAUCUUCCUCAAUUCUUUAAGAUAAAUGUUUUAAUUGGUAAAAACUUGGUCAAACUUGUAUGAUAUUGUAUGAAAACUUAUGACGCUUUUUCCGUCUUUACAGCGAAAAUGACACUACUGCUUAAGCAAAAUUGUAAAAUUCAGAAAAAAGUGAUGAUUUUCGAAAUCAGCGCCAUCGAAAACCUUACCCCACCCUUCCCCCGCCCUCCUCUUUCUUUUUUUUAGCGGACCUUUCCGUACUCAAUCGUGCCUUGACCUAUAGCUCCAUACCGCCAGAGAAGUACUUUUCUUGUAAAAAAGAUCAAGGGUUCGUUCCGGCUAGCCAAGAGUAGGGUUCGGAAAAUUAGGGUAUAUUUACCACGCGGGUAUUUAUAAAAUUACCCUAAAUUUGCCCAAUGUACUAUCAAUAUGAAGUCGUUUGCAACUUAUUCAUUAACUUAAUCACGUUUGGAGCGCGGGUAUUUGGGUAUAUACCCCGUCUGAACCCUAGCCAAGAGUAAAACAGCCAAAGGUUUUUUCAAAAAUUCUAUUUGUGACGAAACGCCACAUCGAUUAAGUCAUGGGCAGGAAAUAGCUUCAUCUGAGCAGGAUUGAUGUGCACUUGUUUAUCGGAUAUUUAAAAAAGUGAAAAUUAGAGGGAUUUUGAUCGCACCCUAUCAAUAUGUUGCAGAUGUGUACGCGUGUUUGUUGGAUUACCCGUCAACGUGAAGCGACAUGCCUUGCUGAUUGGUGUUGACCCUGAGACAGAAGAAGAGAAAGAUUUCUUCGACCCAUUCCCCCCGAACCCAGUAGUGCCAACUCAUGAUCAGGCACAGUCUCAGGGGUCUUUGACGGGAGUGAUUCGAAGCCAGUUCGACGGAUUGAUGGCGUCGCUUCACAAUGCCUUAGAUCAGGUAAGUGAGAAUGUGGGUUUGAUGUAUUCGAAACAAAGGACGAGUAGGGCGACCGCACUCAUGUAGAGAAAGGCACAUAGUACAACAGCCGUGCUGAAAGAAUAAAAAUUGGAUUUUGGUUAAGGACAUGAAGUUACCUAACAAGGGAAGUCACUUUGUAAAACGACUGUUAUAGUGAUGGAGAGGGUGAAACGGGGAUAUCGAAUUUCUUCGGAAGGAAAAAUCAUUCCGAGUAACUUUUUGGUCAAACUUGCCGAUUAUCUCGGCCCGGAGGCCGCUAGAGGUAGCGGUUUUCAGAUUCGACAUCCCCGUUCCACCUCCAUCUCACUGAAGUGCACUUUACUAGGCGAGCCAAAAAGUCUUGAAAUGUCUUCGCAUUGUGCGGGCGCAUGAAUUCGGCGCACUGUGCAGACAUGUCAAGACUUCUUGGCCCGCCUCACAGCAGGAUGGCGUGAAGUCUGACCCCGGUAGGUCAAGUUUUUCUGUCUCGAAAAAAAUAUUUUAAUUUUUUCUCGGUCAAUUUUCAACGCUGAAACGGAUUUGCUUUUUUGAUAACCUACUGUAUCAUGGAUUACUGUAACAUGAAACUAGCUCGGGCUUUCAGAAGCAAACUUUUUAUGGCCGAAUUUUUUUGCGGCCGAACCGGCGGGUUGGUAUGUUACAGUAAUCCGAAUGAGUCGGAACCAUUUUUUUAAAUCUACGAGUGCGAAAACAUAAGUAUUCACAAUUUUAUGGAUGUCGUAUGUUCGUUACUGAUUUAUGGGGGAUUACUGUAUAACCAAUAAGUUGUAAAAAUAACUGGGUUAACGGCCGAAGUAGGCAAAACUGUUUAGCGAUGGGUUUUUAGGACGAGUACGGUCACAUUAAAGAAAAAAACCCGAGAUCGAAUUUUUCUAUGUCAAGGGCUGCUACACUCACAAAUCGUGUUUCAAAGCUUGAUCAAGGAGUUCAUCAAAAUAAAGACUUACGUUUUCAUUUUAACACCUUCAACAUGUCGCACACGCUCUCGAGGAGCAGGGUCGUCACUAGUACUCACUAAAAUCGACCGGUUCAUAUCAUCACUUCAUACUUAAAGUGAACGGUUUUGUUUAGGAACCCACCUUAGCCCCUCCCCCAACCUCUAAUCCUCCUAGAUUAAUAUGAGACGGACUCACGGAUGGCCCUUCUUGAGUUAAACAUCGUUUCUAUUGCAGAUCCAGCAGACCUCAGCUAAUACGGGCGAUGACGAUGUUCCCUUGCCAAACGGCCAAGAAGAGGGACACUGA